AUGAGCCGCCGCCACGCAACAGGUAAGAAUCGAGUCAAGUGCACGCUGCAGCGUGAGAAUUUGUUACAAAAUUACGAAGUUAUAAUGUUGCAAUUUAAUGUCACGUGUGAUGGUAGCGCUUUGUGUUUGUGGUAAAUGAAGUGUGUAAAAUGUGCCUGCAAAUAAACUCUGUCCUGACGUAUUAUAGCGAGGGUAGUUUUGCUACUUAUUGGCUGCAGUUGGGUGGGGAGGGGGUUAGGAAUGCACCGGACGCUCAGGUUUCUACAGUCAGUGGAAAAACACCAAUGAAGUUGUUCCCAGGCAUGUUUCUAAUGUAAAUAUUCGUUUCCCACAAAUCCUUUCAGAAUUCCGAGGGGCCUCCCCCUCCCCACCGUUGCCUACAGAUCAUGUGUUGAACUCGGGAGCAGUGGUUUUCCCUGGUAGGCUAUAAUAAAUACUCUAUUCAUUAUUUGUUACAAUGUGCAAAAUGUAACAAAACAAUAGCAAAACAUGAACUCUAACAAUGUGCACAUGAAAUGAUUGGACUUCUGUCAACAGGUGCCUUUGAUCAGCAUGGAUGUCCUCUGGUUAUGUUCCCUGUGGAUGCUCAUGGCAAUCUUUCAGAUCUAAGCAAAUCUGAAGUGGUUGACUUCAUACACUACUUCCUCAGUUUGCACAAGUAUGUACCUACAAUGUAAUUGUGUGUGUGUUUUUAAGAAGGAUGUCAAUUUAAGAUGAUUGCACAAACAAAACAGUUAGUCAUGUUAAGCCGUACUAAUACCACUUUGUUUUUAUAGUAAGAAACAGGAGAAGGAGAGUUUGGUUUCAGUUGUGGCUGAUUUGAGACAAGCCACUCUUACUACAACAAGGUUCAUCGCUGAAACUCUUCUUCUCCUUGAGGUAUCUAUUUUAUCAUUUUGCAACAAUAAUUUGAGUCGGCAUUUCAUAUUUUGUACAGACACAAAUAUUUCAUGUUUUAGAUGGAUUGUAAGGCAUUGCGUUACAGUAAUGGGUCAUAGUUGGUUCAUAAAGUAAUGUUAUUUAGUACCCCUCAAUCCACUUCUGCACAAUUCAAAAUAAGUUGAUUUUUGUCUUUGAAGUGUUGACAAAAAGUGAGUCUCAGUUUUAUUGCUGUGUCCAGUUCAACCACAAUAAUGUUGUUCAGCACUUCAUAGCUCCACCUCAGAUUGGCCUUUCUGGUACUCCUGUCUCAUUAAGUGUUAUUUUCUGAUGUUGCUCUUCAGGGCUAAAACACUGAAGCUGUGUUGGGGGAGGGAGAUCACAUGCUGGAUCAUAUGCCUUCAGUUAUUUAAUAAACUCUAGUGGAAUUGCAUGAGGAAUUGCAUUAUCUGAGCUAAAUUGGUUAAUGUGUUUGUUCGGAAAUCUGCAAUACACAAUUCACCGUGGUCUGUGGCUUUCUUUGUCUGAUUACUUUUAUCAUGUUGACAAUCAAAUGGCAGACUGUUAAUGUCCACAAACAUACUAAUGUGUACAUUUGAUUUAGUCAUUUUUGAUAAUGGUGCAGUGAAUCUUUAGGUCAGUUUGUCAUCCUCAUUUGUCAUGGCCACUGACAGAACAGUGGUGCUCAUUACAAUUCCAAAUCAGGGAAGGCUUUCAGUGUGCCCCACCCAAGUUGUACUACUAGAAUGUGUGUGAUUUUGACUUGUCAUUAAUUAAUAUUGAUGAAAGUGUAACAUUCAUUUCUCGCCCCAUCUAGUUUCAUAGGAGGACCGCACACACUGUAUACAUAAUUCAACCGAAAAAGAAAGAUGUUCUGAAACUAUUGUUGAAACUGCUGGUACCAUCAAAGUCAUAUGUUGCUCCCUUUAAGGUAAGAUGGGUUCACUGACUGUGAAUUCACCUUUCAUAGUACAUAGCAUGAAACUAGGAUGUGUGUGUGUGGGGCUAAACAUCCUUUUAAUACCAACAGAGAGUUCUGCUGAAAGAGGUCUUUGACCUUUCCAACUACAUUGAUAGAAGCCAGUUGACUGCAGCUUUAGGAGGCUACCUGGUUUACUGUCAUCGGAGUUGGGUGACCUUUAUCAAGGUUUGUCUCUUACAAUCAGUUACAUGGACUGUAUUUCAUUUUAUCCUGUGGUAUUUUGCUUAUUGGUCAAGUGAAAAGUUAUGCCAUUUGUAAAAUGCUUGUGCCCAUUCAUUGGCAUAUAAUCUCACCAGAAUUCUCAUGCCAGUUUUCUUUCAAAGAAUUCCAUGGAUUACUAGCGUCACUACUCGUUCUGUAGAAUAAGCACCCAAGACUUUUCUUAUGAUAAAUCUUAUGCAAUACAUGACUAGUCUUGUCAAUAGUGUAAUGUGAUCUUCUUAAAAGGGCAGUCUUGUUUGCCACAGUGAGCUUUGGCGGGUAGAUUAUCUGGAGGUCUUAGAAUCAGUCAUAACUCCACUAAUAUGUUUAACACACGGCAGCAUUGUCCUCCUCUCCCCAUCAGGGGUUGAUGGACGACCUCACUGGGGGCUCCUAUCCUCUGCUUUUGCUGUCUGUCUUGAGGAUGAAAUGACUAGAGGGGGAGACUUCCGCGCCAAGCUAAAUUCUUAUUUCUUCCACUAGUAAACAUCUGUGGUAGAUUCAGUUAAUGAAUCUAUAUAGAGAGAUGAGUGUGCAGUCAGUGAUUCAACUGCGUCAUCUGUGGGGAGAUCUUUCAUUCAUGAGUUUCAGUGAUGUGGCCCCCGAUCCAUUGUUUGUUACCUUGGUGAAGCUUGCGCAAUUGCAGAGUGCAAUCAGCGGACCUCAUUACCAAGUGAAAGGCGGCCCCCUCUCCUCUUGCCAUUUGAUCAUAUUCACUCAUGUUUGACUGGGUAUUCACCCAUGUUAACUAUUCAUUAGUACUGCUGAGGGCAGUCUGUUUUGAGACGAUAUAAUUAAUGUUUUCGGCUACAGUGUUGUGCUGUUAGAGUAACUAAAUGGACAUUCUUGGCAAAACAAUUUCCAGUAGAUUGAGUAGGUGAGCAAACUGUUGUUUUUGUUACAGUUGUAGAUUUUGGUUGUCUUUUGCCUAAUUGGUUGGUGGUUGUACAACUUCGACAAGCAUAUGAAUAAUGCUUUUUUGAUGCGACAGGAUUUACUUUUUUUUUUUCCUAAUCUUUUUGUUUACUUCAUCUCACCCUCUGAUUACCCCUCUAACUAUCUUGGACUGUUGUUUAUGUAGGAGAUUGACUGCUUUGUCCAGGAGUUUCUCUCGGUGGUCCAGAGGCUCCCGUCCUCCAUCUCCACCCUGCAGACCCUCUCCAGACAGCCUGUUCCUUCUGCCUUCACCGAGCUGAAGGCCUUCUGUUCCACCAACGAGGCCAAGUUCCAACUGCUUCGGCGGUAAGAGACUCCAUUUUCACCAUUGGUCUCUUUCAGUUGGACAUAACAAAUGCCUACUUUGGCUAGUACAGGUAGGUGUAAGCCGACAUAUAGCUACUGUACAUGUGCUCACUUUCUAACAGUGCUUUUAAUGACUUAAGUUACCUGCCUCAAGUUGCAACGCCUGUUGAAGGAUUUCCUUGAACAGUUCCUUGACUCUAUGGACUCUUCUGCCCCUGCAAAGGCUGAGUGACCGCGUAUGUACAAACGACAUGUUGAACUCUACUAUCCUUGUGGUGUGUAGGGAGCUGGGGUUGGACGAGCUGCUAAGGCACUGUGAGUGUGUGGUCGAGAAGCUGCGCUACCCUGAGAAGAACUCGUGCUAUCAGGCCGUGGCCGGGACGGCCCUCUUCACCCACACAGCCUUCGACAUGCUGCAGAACUACAGCAGGUACUUCUGUGUGGUAGACACUCCUGAGAAAGUAAAUGUAGGCAAGCUGGCAUUUAGCGUUUCCUUACGUGGAGGAGUAAGGUGUGCAUUUAUAUUUGCUGUUGAAGUGAGUACUUGCAUAUUUUACACAGAAAAUAACUUUCUAUCUAGGCAAAGCUGUCAAUGGAUAGCUAUUAUGUACAGUCGUGGUCAAACGUUUUGAGAAUGACACAAGUAUUGGUCUUCACAAAGUUCGCUGCUUCAGUGUUAUGAGAUAUUUUUGUCAGAUGUUACUAUGGUAUACUGAAGUAUAAUUACAAGCAUUCCAUAAGUGUCAAAGGCUUUUAUUGACAAUUACAUUAAGUUUAUGCAAAUAGUCAAUAUUUGCAGUGUUGACCCUUCUUUUUCAAGACCUCUGCAUUCUACCCUGGCAUGCUGUCAAUUAACUUCUGGGCCACAUCCUGACUGAUGGCAGCCCAUUCUUGCAUAAUCAAUGCUUGGAGUUUGUCCGAAUUUGUGGGGUAUUGUUUGUCCACCCGCCUCUUGAGGAUCGACCACAAGUUCUGGGGAGUUUCCUGGCCAUGGACCCAAAAUGGCGAUGUUUUGUUCGCCAAGCCACUUAGUUAUCACUUUUGCCUUAUGGCAAGGUGCUCCAUCAUGCUGGAAAAGGUAUUGGUCGUCACCAAACUGUUCUUGGAUAGUUGGGAGAAGUUGCACUCGGAGGUGUAUGUAUGGAGGUGUAAGUACAGUGGGGGAAAAAAGUAUUUAGUCAGCCACCAAUUGUGCAAGUUCUCCCACUUAAAAAGAUGAGAGAGGCCUGUCAUUCGCAUGAGAAAGAGACAGAUAUCGUGGACGUAGGUCGGGGUGCCUUGUAAGGAUCCAACGGCAAGCGAGUAAACUGCCUCCCCCAUCAAUCCUAUUAGCCAAUCUUCAAUCAUUUGAGAAUAAAUUGAUGACCUAAGAUUACGGUUAUCCUACCAACGGGACAUUAAAAACUGUAAUAUCUUAUGUUUCACCGAGUCGUGGCUGAACAACGACAUGGACAACGUACAGCUAGCGGGCUAUACGCUACAUCGGCAGGAUAGAACGGCUGACUCCGGUAAGACAAGGGUGGCGGUCUGUGUAUAUUUGUAAACAACAGCUGGUGCACAAAAUUAAAUACUAAGGAAGUCUCAAGGUUUUGCUCGCCUGAGGUAGAGUAUCUUAUGAUAAGCUGUAGACCACACUAUUUACCAAGAGAGUUUUCAUCUAUAUUUUUCAUAGCUGUCUAUUUACCACCACAAACCAAUGCUGGCAUUAAGAUUGCACUGAAUGAGCGAAAAAAAAUCCAGAAAAUCACAUUGUAGGAUUUUUAAUGAAUUAUUUGCAAAUUAUGGUGGAAAAUAAGUAUUUGGUCAAUAACAAAAGUUUCUCAAUACUUUGUUAUAUACCCUUUGUUGGCAAUGACACAGGUCAAAGGUUUUCUGUAAGUCUUCACAAGGUUUUCACACACUGUUUGCUGGUAUUUUGGGCCCAUUCCUCCAUGCAGAUCUCCUCUAGAGCAGUGAUGUUUUGGGGCUGUCGCUGGGCAACAGACUUUCAACUCCCUCCAAAGAUUUCUAUGGGGUUGAGAUCUGGAGACUGGCUAGGCCACUCCAGGACCUUGAAAUGCUUCUUACGAAGCCACUCCUUCGUUGCCCGGGCGGUGUGUUUGGGAUCAUUGUCAUGCUGAAAGACCCAGCCAUGUUUCAUCUUCAAUGCCCUUGCUGAUGGAAGGUUUUCACUCAAAAUCUCACGAUACAUGGCCCCAUUCAUUCUUUCCUUUACACGGAUCAGUCGUCCUGGUCCCUUUGCAGAAAAACAGCCCCAAAGCAUAAUGUUUCCACCCCCAUGCUUCACAGUAGGUAUGGUGUUCUUUGGAUGCAACUCAGAAUUCUUUGUCCUCCAAACACGACGAGUUGAGUUUUUACAAAAAAGUUCUAUUUUGGUUUCAUCUGACCAUAUGACAUUCUCCCAAUCCUCUUCUGGAUCAUCCAAAUGCACUCUAGCAAACUUCAGACGGGCCUGGACAUGUACUGGCUUAAGCAUGGGGACACGUCUGGCACUGCAGGAUUUGAGUCCCUGGCGGCGUAGUGUGUUACUGAUGGUAGGCUUUGUUACUUUGGUCCCAACUCUCUGCAGGUCAUUCACUAGGUCCCCCCGUGUGGUUCUGGGAUUUUUGCUCACCGUUCUUGUGAUCAUUUUGACCCCACGGGGUGAGAUCUUGCGUGGAGGCCCAGAUCGAGGGAGAUUAUCAGUGGUCUUGUAUGUCUUCCAUUUCCUAAUAAUUGCUCCCACAGUUGAUUUCUUCAAACCAAGCUGCUUACCUAUUGCAGAUUCAGUCUUCCCAGCCUGGUGCAGGUCUACAAUUUUGUUUCUGGUGUCCUUUGACAGCUCUUUGGUCUUGGCCAUAGUGGAGUUUGGAGUGUGACUGUUUGAGGUUGUGGACAGGUGUCUUUUAUACUGAUAACAAGUUCAAACAGGUGCCAUUAAUACAGGUAACGAGUGGAGGACAGAGGAGCCUCUUAAAGAAGAAGUUACAGGUCUGUGAGAGCCAGAAAUCUUGCUUGUUUGUAGGUGACCAAAUACUUAUUUUCCACCAUAAUCUGCAAAUAAAUUCAUUAAAAAUCCUACAAUGUGAUUUUCUGGGGAAAAAAUUCUCAAUUUGUCUGUCAUAGUUGACGUGUACCUAUGAUGAAAAUUACAGGCCUCUCUCAUAUUUUUAAGUGGGAGAACUUGCACAAUUGGUGGCUGACUAAAUACUUUUUUCCCCCACUGUAUGGCGCCGGAGAAGAUGGCUGCUGUUUUACAGCCCUCUAACCAAUUGUACUAUUAUGUGUGUUUUUCCACGUUAUUUGUAAUUUAUUUUGUACAUAAUGUGUCUGCCAUAGUCUCUUAUAACCAAAAAGAGCUUCUGGAUAUCAGGACAGCGAUUACUCACCUCGUAUUGGACGAAGAUUUUUUCUUCAACGAGGCGGCCGCGAAGGAUAUCCUACAGACACCCGACAAGGCCCAAAUCCCUGUCAUUCGCAUGAGAAAGAGACAGAGAUAUAGUGGACGUAGGUCGGGGUGCCUUGUAAGGAUCCAACGGCAAGCGAGUAAACUGCCUCUCCCAUCAAACCUAUUAGCCAAUCUUCAAUCAUUUGAGAAUAAAUUGAUGACCUAAGAUUACGGUUAUCCUACCAACGGGACAUUAAAAACUGUAAUAUCUUAUGUUUCACCGAGUCGUGGCUGAACGACGACAUGGACAACGUACAGCUAGCGGGCUAUACGCUACCUCGGCAGGAUAGAACGGCUGACUCCGGUAAGACAAGGGGUGGCGGUCUGUGUAUAUUUGUAGCUCAACUGGUAGAGCACGGCGCUUGUAACGCCAAGGUAGUGGGUUCGAUCCCCGGGACCACCCAUACACAAAAAUUUAUGCAUCAUGACUAAGUCGCUUUGAAUAAAAGCGUCUGCUAAAUGGCAUUAUUAUUAUUAUUAUUAUUAUUAUUAUUAUUAUUAUUAACAGCUGGUGCACAAAAUUAAAUAUUAAGGAAGUCUCAAGGUUUUGCUCGCCUGAGGUAGAGUAUCUUAUGAUAAGCUGUAGACCACACUAUUUACCAAGAGAGUUUUCAUCUAUAUUUUUCAUAGCUGUCUAUUUACCACCACAAACCAAUGCUGGCAUUAAGAUUGCACUGAAUGAGCUGUAUAAGGCCAUAAGUGAACAGGAAAACGCUCAUCCAGAGGCAGCGCUCCUAGUGGCCAGGGACUUUAAUGCAGGGAAACUUAAAUCCAUUUUACCUCUUUUCUACCAGCAUGUUAAAUGUGCAACCAGAGGAAAAACAACUCUAGACCACCUUUACUCCACACACCGAGACGCAUACAAAGCUCUCCCUCACCCUCCAUUUGGCAAAUCUGACCAUAACUCUAUCCUCCUGAUUCCUGCUUAUAAGCAAAAACUAAAGCAGGAAGCGCCAGUGACUUGGUUAAUAAAAAAAGUGUUCAGAUGACGCAGAUGCUAAGCUACAGGACUGUUUUGCUAGCACAGACUGGAACAGGUUCCGGGAUUCUUCAGAUAGCAUUGAGGAGUUCACCACAUCAGUCACUGGCUUCAUCAAUAAGUGCAUCGAUGAUGUCAUCCCCACAGUGACCGUACGUACAUACCCCAACCAGAAGCCAUGGAUUACAGGAAACAUCCGCACUGAGCUAAAGGGUAGAGCUGCCGUUUUCAAGGAACGGGACUCUAACCCGGACGCUUAUAAGAAAUCCCGCUAUGCCCUCCGACGAACCAUCAAACAGGCAAAGAGUCAAUACAGGACUAAGAUUGAAUCGUACUACACCGGCUCUGACGCUCAUCGGAUGUGGCAAGGCUUGAAAACUAUUACAGACUACAAAGGGAAGCACAGCCGCGAGCUGCCCAGUGACACAAGACUUCCAGACGAGCUAAACCACUUCCAUGCUCGCUUCGAGGCAAGCAACACUGAAGCAUGCAUGAGAGCACCAGCUGUUCCGGAUGACUAUGUGAUCACGCUCUUCGUAGCCGAUGUGAGUAAGACUUUUAAGCAGGUCAACAUUCACAAGGCCGCAGGGCCAGACGGAUUACCAGGACGUGUACUCCGAGCAUGUGCUGACCAACUGGCAAGUGUCUUCACUGACAUUUUCAACAUGUCCCUGACUGAGUCUGUAAUACCAACAUGUUUCAAGCAGACCACCAUAGUCCCCGUGCCCAAGGACACUAAGAUAACCUGCCUAAAUGACUACCGACCCGUAGCACUGACGUCUGUAGCCAUGAAGUGCUUUGAAAAGGCUGGUCAUGGUUCACAUCAACACCAUUAUCCCAGAAACCGUAGACCCACUCCAAUUUGCAUACUGCCCCAACAGAUCCACAGAUGAUGCAAUCUCUAUUGCACUCCACACUGCCCUUUCCCACCUGGACAAGAGGAACACCUACUUGAGAAUGCUAUUCAUUGACUACAGCUCAGCAUUCAACACCAUAGUGCCCUCAAAGCUCAUCACUAAGCUAAGGAUCCUGGGACUAAACGCCUCCCUCUGCAACUGGAUCCUGGACUUCUUGACGGGCCGCCCCCAGGUGGUAAGGGGAGGUAACAACACAUCUGCCACACUGAUCCUCAACACGGGGGCCCCUCAGGGGUGCGUGCUCAGUCCCCUCCUGUACUCCCUGUUCACCCAUGACUGCAUGGCCAGGCACGACUCCAACACCAUCAUAAGUUUGCAGACGACACAACAGUGGUAGGACCUGAUCACCGACAACGAUGAGACAGCCUAUAGGGAGGAGGUCAGAGACCUGGCCGUGUGGUGCCAAGAUAACAACCUCUCCCUCAACGUGACCAAGACAAAGGAGAUGAUUGUGGACUACAGGGGGAAAAAAAGAGGACUGAGCACUCCCCCAUUCUCAUCGACGGGGCUGUAGUGGAACAGGUUGAGAGCGUCAAGUUCCUUGGUGUCCACACCAAUGAACUAUCAUGGUCCAAACACACCAAGACAGUCGUGAAGAGGGCACGACAAAGCCUAUUCCCCCUCAGGAGACUGAAAAGAUUUGGCAUGGGUCCCCAGAUCCUCAAAAUUCUACAGCUGCACCAUUGAGAGCAUCCUGACCGGUAGCAUCACCGCCUGGUAUGGCAACUGCUUGGCCUCCGACCGCAAGGCACUACAGAGGGUAGUGCGUACGGCCCAGUACAUCACUGGGGCCAAACUUCCUGCCAUCCAGGACCUCUAUACCAGGCGGUGUCAGAGGAAGGCCAUCAAAAUUGUCAUAGACUCCAGCCACCCUAGUCAUAGACUGUUCUCUCUGCUACAGCACGGCAAGCGGUACCGGAGUGCCAAGUCUAGGUCCAAAAAACUUCUCAACAGCUUCUACCCCCAAGCCAUAAGACUCCUGAACAGCUAAUCAUGGCUACCCGGACUAUUUGCACUGCCCCCCCCCACCCCAUAUUUUUACGCUGCUGCUACUCUGUUAAUUAUUUAUGCAUAGUCACUAACUCUACCCACAUGUACAUAUUACUUCAACUACCUCAACUAGCCGGUACCCCCCUGUAUAUAUAUAUAGCCUCCCUACUGUUAUUUUACUUCUGCUCUUUUUUUCUCAACACUUUUUUGUUUUAUUUUACUUUUUUAUUAAAAAUAAAUGCACUGUUGGUUAAGGGCUGUAAGUAAGCAUUUCACUGUAAUGUCUGCACCUGUUGUAUUCGGCGCAUGUGGCCAAUAAAAUUUGAUUUGAUGUGUUGGUACCAUUUCUUUAUUCAUGGCUGUGUUCUUAGGCAAAAUUGUGAGUGAGCCCACUCCUUUGGCUGAGAAGCAACCCCACACAUGAAUGGUCUCAGGAUGCUUUACUGUUGGCAUGACACAGGACUGAUGGUAACGCUCACCUUGUCUUCUCCUGUGUUUUCCGGAUGCCCCAAACAAUCGGAAAGGGGUUCAUCAGAGAAAAUGACUUUACCCCAGUCCUCAGCAGUCCAAUCCCUGUAUCUUUUGCAGAAUAUCAGUCUGUCCCUGUUGUUUUUCCUGGAGAGAAGUGGCUUCUUUGCUGCCCUUCUUGACACCAGGCAAUCCUCCAAAAGUCUUCGCCUCACUGUGCGUGCAGAUGCACUCACGCUUGCCUGCAGCCAUUCCUGAGCAAGCUCUGCACUGGUGGUGCCCCAAUCCCGAAGCUGAAUCAACUUUAGGAGACGGUCCUGGCGCUUGCUGGACUUUCUUGGGCGCCCUGAAGCCUUCUUCACAACAAUUGAACCUCUCUCCUUGAAGUUGUUGAUGAUCCGAUAAAUGGUUGAUUUAGGUGCAAUCUUACUAGCAGCAAUAUCCUUGCCUGUGAAGCCCUUUUUGUGCAAAGCAACGAUGACGGCACGUGUUUCCUUGUAGGUAACCAUGGUUAACAGAGGAAGAACAUAUACAUUCUGGAGUAUAUGCAAAUUACCAUCAUCAAAACUGAGGCAGCAGACUUUGUGAAAAUUUAGUAUUUGUGUAAUUCUCAAAACUUUUGACCACGACUGUAAGCAAUGUAUACAGAACUGCUCUAUUUCAAGGUUCUUCAUAGUAUUCUGCUACCAUGAGUCGUUUCCACGGGUUGACUGUAUUUGAUUGUCUUUGUUGAAAGGAUAACUGUGGCUGUGGAAAAAAUUGAGUUGCUGUGGCAACAGGCCUUUUCCAAGGCCCACCUUCAGCUGCAGGUCUUCCAGCUGCGUAAUGAGGCACAGCAGGUUUGUUAUAAUACAUAAAAACAAUUACUUUAAGAUUCUGUUCAUUAGGGGCACGCAACCAAAAACAUUAAAAAAUGCUUUGCAACUGAAAUCAAAAAAAGUCCAGUCCCUGUUUGUCAGUUCUUACAUUUGGUGCCUAAUGAACAUGACCCAGUUGUCUUGCCUUUUUCCAUUUCAGAGAGGCUUAUUUAAAUGUUGAAUUAUUUUGGUUUAUUUACCUCCACUUGCAGAUAAUGGAACAGAUUAAAAGCCUUCAGAAAGAGAAGCUCCAGCCUUACAGAAUAGAGAUCGCAAAAGAUGCCAGAAGGGCUGAGACGUUAACAUCAGAAUUUGAGGCAUCCAUCUAUACUCCUGCCAUGGUAAAUAUAGGCUACUCUGAUAUUUUCUUCCUUCUAAGAUGUGUGCAUUGCAGUAUUAGAGCUGCUGUGUGGAUCCUAAACAACACAGCGGUGGUGUUUGUCCUCCUCCUUGUCAGGCCCUGGUCCGCUGUUCUGAGGAUGUGAUCCACACGUUAGCUGAGAUUCUGCCUCCUGGUGAUGCCCAGACCAGGGAAGAGUGGGUGCAGGUUCUGGACAGACUGAAGGAGAACUUCCACUCUGCUGUAGAACUCCCUAAUCAGACCCUCCGAGCAGUCUCUGACUUCUACCACUACUACAACAAAGUAGUUGUCCACUUGCACUAAUGUUUUAUGAUUCCUGACUGUACAUGCCAACUUUUUACAUUAUACUGAAGUGGUGAUGUAAUUGAACAUGACAACAAUUAGGAAGAUUAUUGAAAUUACAUUACAUUUUAAAUGUUUAUCUCCUGUGAUGUGCAUGUGGUUAGACAUUGUCUAUUUAAUCUGAUGUCAUGUACUCCAUUUCUUUCAUCUCAACAGGCCAAUAGUUGGUACAACAUAGUCCUGUGUGAGAACUUUCUCCAAGCCCUUCUGUGGGGUGUGAACUGUGACCGCCUCCCCAAGCGGCGCCACCCGCUGGAGAUGCAUGGCCCUGUCCCUGUGUGGAGGCAGGCGGUCUGUGACUUCCUGAGAAAUAACCCCUCCCCGGACAUGGAGGAGCUGGUCCAGCUGGCUCACCUGGCCAACGUCAUCCCUGACACCCAGCUGCAGCAGACUGGCAAACGGCUAUCACAAAGGUGAGAAACUCCAGUUGUGUGUCAGGAAACUACUGUUGUGUAAUAAGGUUUAUACCACCAUGCGAUUUGAAAUGCUUUAGUAGGGUAUUAACUAAAGACUUCCAUAGCCAUUUGAUCUGGUGACUUUUAUCGAAUACUUGAUCAAGGUUGACCCUGCCACGUUCUCUUUCAGGUGCAUGACUCUGUGUAAACUCCUGACCUGUCCAGGGGCAGUUCCUAUCAACGACCUCCAGUUAGCGCUGCAGUGGCAGUAUGAGUUUCUGCGAGCCAGCCACAGGAAAGGACCUGGGCCACAAACUAACCUGCCUGUAGGCAGAGGGCCUGAGGCCAUUCACAGCAUUCCAGAUGCGAUGUGUAGUCACAGUAGAACCUCUGGUUCCAGAUCCGACUGCCACACUAAGGACAACAUGCACAGCCACGGCUCCCCCUCCAACCUGAAGCACCAUCAGGCCCCUUUGGGUACGGCUCCCUCCAGUGCUGUCUCUGGGGCUGUGACUGCUGUAGGGAAGCCUCCGUCCCUCAGCUCCUUUGACUCUGGCUUUGAUGGAGCAGGAAGCGGCCACAUGGAGACUGGAGCUGGGCGAGAGGGGUGGGAGGGACUGUCCAGGGUACCAGGCACCAGGCAGCCCCAGAUCCACAAGGAGAACAUCUCCAGCGUGUCUGACUCUGAGGACCGCAGGGAGGAGUUUGACUUUGGCUCCGUGGGAAGCACCUCCAGGGCCAGCAUUCAGAUCAUCCCAAAGAUAACUGUGGACUCGAUGCAUUUUGAGAUCAAGCUGAAGCGGUCGGCUACCCUGCCCCAGAACCCAUGGCUCAGUCUGCCUGUGGAAGACCUGGAGAACUCCUACACGGUCACCAUCACCCAGAACCCAUCACAGUCACCACACCCGCGGGACGUCAAGAGCCCGAACCCUUCAGAGUGCUCCCACCACAGUGACCGAUCAUCCAACUGGUCCAGAGACCAGCCCUCACAGACAGAGGUACAAACCAGCCCUCAGAGCAGAGGGGCACAGCCCCGUAUCCUGCAGGCACAUGACAGCUUUGAUGACUCGGAUCUGAGCCCCGUUCGGAAUGCCCUCUCCAGCACCAUCGCAGAUGCAAGAGAUGGGCCCAACUACACUGCAGAGAGUGCCCCCACACUACUCUGGGAUACGUAUGACUUCCACAACCCCAAACAGGACACCUGUGAAAGGUAAUGGCACACUAUGCUCUUGUCUCCUGACUUGAUCCUCAUGGGUGCCCAUUGUGCCUAGUAAACUGAACGCCAAGCACUCGUCUUGUUGCUGUUUGAUGUGUUUGCAGGAUAACCAGCUCCAUGACUGAAGUCUCGUUAAAUGACUGGGACCUGAAGGAGCAGGAGGGUCUCAGGGAGGUAGAGGAGAUCUUGGACCGGGCAGCUGGAAUACUAGAGGCACGUUGGUUCAAAUGUUCAAUGGAUUGUUUUCAUGCCGAAGCAGUAAAUCGUUUGGCGCCUCAGAUUUGCACUUUACUGAGAUUGGUAAUAGUGACCUAAACCUAGGGUUGCAAAAUUCCGGGAAUGUUCAAUAAAUUCCCUGGUGUUCCAGAAAUCCCGGUUGGAGGAUUCCCAGAAUCAGGAGGGAAUAAGCAGGAAAUCUGGAAUUCUCAAUCAGGAUUUCUGGAAAACCUGGGAAUUUAUUGAAAGUCCCUGGAAUUUUGCAACACUACCUUAACCACAGUUGGCAUAGGCCAGUAGCUUGCAUUUGUAAACACUUCUCUAAUUCUUUGUGUUUUUAUACAGGAGGAAGAAAAUGUGAUGGCACAGGAGCAUAUGUUGGCUGUUCUUCUGAAGACUGAGAGCACGAACAAACCAUGGGAAUCAUGGGGCAGUGAGACGCAGAUAAGUGUGGUAGGUCAUGAUGAUAUAAAUGUGUACCUCUAGGUCAGAUCUGGAUCAUGGAACCAUUAAGCUGGUGAACUACGAACAAAGUAGACCACUGUCCGUACAUUACAAAUUGGAUUCUAUACAUUUGAUUUUGUGUCUCCCUGCACAUUGGGUAAGAAAGUAUUGUUUUUACAAGAUUGAACAUAGAUUUAAUUUAAUAAUACAAUAUGUUUAUUUUGUUUGCUGGAGUUUAAAUCGUAAUAGAUAAUCAGCUGAUGGGGAAUCUCCACUAUUAUUUUUCUGUUAUUGUUAAUAACAAUGUUAUUGUAUUGUUUUCCAGAUGUCCUCCUGUGACCUAAAGGCACAUGGUGUCCUGGGCCUUGAUGACAGUCUUGCCUCUGCUGACAAUGACAACCAGAGUGAAUGCAGGUCACCAGAGGCAGCCAGUGAAACUGAGGCCUCAGAACACAGCAUGUGCCACAAUGGACGGCUGAUGGAGACUGGUUUGACUGGUCUGAUGUCCCCUCAAAUCAGCAGGGGAGAGUUGCUGAAGGAGCUGAGAGGACUGCACGUUCUGGAUGAGCUCAUCAUGGAGGAGAACCUCAAGCUCCACGAGCUUCGACGGGCUGAGAAGCAGUGCCUUGAUGAAAAGCCCCCUCAAUCAGCGAGUUCCCGAAGUAGGAGCAAGGAGAGGCAGGUGUUUCUAUUAGAACUACAGAGGGAGAAAAGGGAAGUGGAGAGGAUGGAAAAGAGCCUAGAUAAAGAGAUGACCAAAGAAUGUCAACUCAAGAAGAGGAUAAGCAGAACCAGGAAAGUAGUGAAAUGCUCUAUAAUGGAAAGGACUUCUGAACUUAAAAACUUGGAGGACCGUGCACUCUGUGAUGAGCUUAUAUCAGACUAUAGGAGCCAACACCGCAACGUAAAGCACUUGCCUAUCUUGCCCCUAGACCCCAUAAACUUGGAUCCUAAUGAAUCCCUCAGUAUUACUGCAACCCCAUGUCCAGAGACUGCCAAAACCCCUGUAUCACAAGAAUUUGUUCAAAGUGUAAAUGGUCAAUCCCCACAUUGGGACUCUAAUAUAUCCGGUUGUGGUGAUGCCAUGGUAGAAGUAGACACUCCCAGCCACCAUGAUCUUAUGAAGUCCAGUGCACCACAACAAGUCUUAACUCCACCACAAAUCCCUUCUGAUACCAAUGAAUCUAUUGAAGAGGUUGGAAUCCAACACCAUGAGGGUACAGAGGAGAAAGAUUUAAGAUCUGGGGAAGUUGUUCAAAGUUGCACACCAGAGACCACCUCCUUGACACCGGAAAUGUGCCCCGAACAUGGAGCAUUUGACCCAGGUGCUAAUGCCAACAACCUCCCUGUGCCUAAACCAAGAAAGGCAUCACUUCCUGUGAAUGAUAAAAGUCAAGAACUCAAAAUUCCAACGGAACCCAUGUAUAGAACUCUCUGCCCUGAUGGUGAUUCAGACCCUGACCCUAGGCUCGCACCGCAAGUCGUGUCAGAGCUCAACACUCAUCCGAAGCCUAAAGAGCGACGCCCCAAAUCUACACACAGAUCUCCUAGUCCUGUUUUGAGUCCAGAUGUGAAUGAACACAGAAGUAACAACCACGACAAACCCCUCGCAGAUCAACAGGCGUCCUUAUGUAAUAACCCUUUGGAGUUCCAUGAACAGUCAAUGCUAGACGGUUGCUCUGUGGGAUCAAUAUUAACGCCUGUUGACUCUGACUGUGUUCAGAUAGAAAUCCAGACAGAAAUCCACCGCUCCCAGAAAUCUGAGGAUGUUUUAAUAACACAUUUGGGGUCUAAUUCUGAAGAGCUAUCUCGUAUGUCUGCUGAAGUAACAUCUGGAUCAUGUGAACCAAGCGGAGCUGAUGAGUGGAGAGAAGUAGAGGUCCCUGAUGGGUUUCAGAGGCGUGGGACUGCCAGGAGAUCCCCUGUCAAUCAACCCAAUCACCACAUCACCACUAGAGACGUAAGGCUUUAGUUGAUGGGAAAGAUAUCCACAUUAUUCACCAUAAACCUGAUUUUAUUAUACAUUCUCUUUCAGUUAAAUGUGAAUGGUUAGAUUAUUAUUUAUUUUUACAGAUGAACAAUUUCAAGACCGCUAUUGUGCUGGACACAGGAUCUGGUUUGAUGAAAGCAGGGUUUGCAGAUCAGGACCUCCCGACUACUGUAUUCCCAAAUAUCAUUGGGCUGCCCAAAUACGAGGUAACGCAACAGCCAAGUAUGUGGCAUCUAUACUCUGGGGCUGUGAUGUUUUUCAGCAAGUGAAGGUCAUUGGCCACCAUAGCUUUCCCUAUGUGCAGACUUUCUUUCUAAUUUACAUUUAUUCUGGCAUCAGGAAAUAAUGAAUGGCAUCUUGGAACGGGAGACCUACAUUGGACACGAGGCUCAACAUAUGAGGGGAGUCUUGGCACUGAAGUAUCCCAUGAAGAACGGAAUUAUACGCAACUGGGAUGAAAUGGAAAAGGUUGGUGAUAUGUUGUUGACUUAAUUUUAUCCAAUGAUCUGUAUUAGCUUUAGUGGUGCGUUUUAGGAGUACUGAUGAAGCCAUAGUAUCUGGUUGUGGUGGUUUUGACCUUUGACCUCACUGCUCAAUUGUGUCUGGUUUCAGAUUUGGCACCACACAUUCCAGCAGCUGCAUGUGGAACCAGAUGAUCACCCUGUCCUACUGACCGAGGCAGCCAUGAACCCGCUGGAGAACCGGCAGCGCAUGGUGGAACUCAUGUUUGAGUGCUUCAAUGUUCCACUCACCUACGUGGCCAUGCAGGCGGUGCUGGCGCUUUAUGCAGCAGGGAGAACCACAGGUAAAACAAGCACGAUUAUAUACUCUACAAAUGUGUCUAGUCGGUUAACAUAUUAAUUAAUAAUCAGUUGUAUGCCAGAGUAGAUGACUGUAUGUUUAAAGCUCAAAUCUAAUACUGGUUACUGUACAUCUACUAUCUGGAUGAAUAAUUGUGAAGAUGGCAGAUAAUCAUUAGAGUAUCUGUUUCUCCUACUAGGUGUAGUGUUUGACUCUGGGGAUGGAGUGAGCCAUAGUGUGCCAGUGUUUGAGGGAUACUGUCUACCUCACGCAGUGCAGCGCUGCACCCUGGCUGGCCAUGAUGUUACAAUGCACCUUAAAAAGGUAUUUGAUAUGAAUGCAUAAUUAUCUGUAUGUAUUUAUGACAGGGACAGGGAUUUGGUCAAUAAAACAAUUUAGUUCAAAAUUAUUUUCACUUAAACAAUGCCCAUUGCCUGUUCUUUGUGUUACUGUCCUGUGUCCCAGCUUCUGCAGGAGCAGGGGGUCUGCAUGCGCACUUCUGCCGAAAUGGAGAUUGUGAGGGAGAUGAAGGAGAAAUGCUGCCAGGUGUCCCAGGACUAUGAAUCGGAGUUAACCUGUGGGGGGUCGGCCAGCAGUGAGAUGUAUUACACCAUGCCUGAUGGACAGGUCGUCCGCCUCAGCACAGAGCGGUUCAGGUAACCAUCUGACCGACCCCCUGUAUCCUCACUCUGAAGACUAAACACUCACCCUAAUGAGUAGGGAUAAUUAAGUGAGGAAAUUGAGACUAAGAACUGCAAGUGUUUCCCCUUGCAAACAGUGCCAUUUUAUUCUUCAGUUUUGAUUAUGGUGCUACCAAAUAAGCCUUUGGAUAGGCACCAGGGGUCGGCUAAGAUCUGUUAAUCGGUGACGUCUUCCAUCCACAGGGCUCCUGAGAUUCUGUUUAAGCCAGAGCUAAUUGGACGAGACCAUUACGGGAUGCAUGAGAGUAUUUUCAAGUCAAUCCUCAGUUCAGACAUUGAUCUCCGGCGGAGCUUUUUGGGGAACAUCGUCCUAUCAGGUACAUAGUUUUGGUUUAUUAGUUGCUGAAUACUUGUCCACUCAUCUGCCCAUGUCUGCUCGAAGGCUGUGUCCCUAAUGGCACCCUAUUCCUAUGUAGUGCACUACUUCCUGGUCAAGAGUAGUGCACUACAUGGGGAAUAGGGUGCCAUUUGGGAUACAACAUAAACGUUUUUAAUUUCCCCUGUGAAGGUGGAAAUACCCUGCUGGCUGGACUGCCUGAGCGGCUUCAGAGUGAAAUUAGAACCAUGGUGCCUACAGACUUGGGGGAGUGUGUGAAGGUGACAAGCCCGAAGGACAGAGAUUUCUCUGUGUGGAGCGGAGGUGCAGUGCUGGCCAACUUGUCAUCCUUUGCCUCGGCCUGGAUCAGCCAAGAGGAAUAUGAGGAAUAUGGCCCCCAGAUUGUUUUCAGGAAGUGCUUCUGA